GUAAACACUCAACUUCACAUGAAGGCAGAACCAGAGCGGGUCAAUGAAGUCCUGCAGCGGGGAUCCAGCUCUUUAUCCACCGGUUUCAUCAACUAAUUAAAGAGGCGGUUGCUAAGAGAUGACAAUCGGUGUCAUUGGUGAAAGGCUCACAUGUGCAGCAGCUUGAAGCACGACUUCGGCGGGAUCUCUCUCCUGCGCACCUCUGGCUGUACCUGGCUCAUGUGAAGGACGCAGGAGACGCUCUCGCAUCAGCAGACUCACAGACACCAUGGCGGCUUUUACUGCUCCAGGUAUCAACAACAACAACACCUUGAGCAAAGUGGCGGCCCAGACUGCACGGCAAAGGCAAGGAGGCGAUAAGGUACACGAGAGUGACCCGAGGAAGAGCGAGAGUGGGGACGUCGGACGAAACACGAUCCUGGAGAAAACUCACGAGUUCUUCCAGAUGUGCGACAUCGAGGGCAAGGGCUUCAUCAACCGGCGUGACAUGCAGAGGCUGAACAGAGAGCUUCCCCUCAGCGCCGAGGAGUUGGAGAACGUAUUCGAUACCCUUGAUUCCGAUGGCAACGGAUACCUUACCCUCGAGGAGUUCUCCUCCGGCUUCAGUGAGUUUUUGUUUGGCCAGAAGAUUUCUGCAGAGGAAGGCACGGGGGAGAAAAAGCCGAGCAAGAGCCUGCCAGAGGUCCUGUACCAGACCCAAUGGGAGGAGAGCCUGGCCAAAGGAGAGGAGGAGGAGGAGGAGAAACACUUUAGCAUGCUUAUGGAGAGCCUCGGAGCUAACAGUGUCUUUGAAGAGCCUGCUGAGGUGCGCAGCCUGUGGGCCCAGCUGCGCCGGGACGAACCACAUCUGUUGUCCAACUUUGAGGACUUCCUGGCCAGAGUGACAUCCCAGAUCAUAGAGGCCAACCAGGAGAAGAGGGACAUGGAGAGCGCCCUCAAAAGGAAAGCAGCAACACAUGAUGAUGAGAUCCAGCGCCUCUAUGAGGAAAUGGAGCAGCAGAUCAAAAGUGAAAAAGAUCGGAUUGUGCUGCAGGACUACGAGCGGUUUCUGUCUCGCAGUCAGGACCUGGAGCUGCAGCUGUCCAGCAAGGAGAAGGAGCUGGAGCAACUCUUCCAGAAGCAGAGAGGGUUGGAGUGUCAGUGCCGCGAGCUUCACAGUGAGCAACACGUGACCAAAGUGGAGAACGUGAAGCUGAAGCAGACCAACGACGAGCUGGCGCGGGAGCUGGAGCACACCAGCCAGGAGCUGACCUUGGCCCAGGAGCAGCUGAGUUUACUCCAAGAGCAGUCGACGAGACUUCACGAGGAGAGGGAGAUGGAGGUAUACAGGCUUACAGAAGGACUGCAGAGAGAGCGGACGAGCCUCCUCAAACAGCUGGACCUCCUGAGGGAAAUGAACAAGCAUUUACGGGAUGAAAGGGACAUGUGCUAUCAGAAACCAAAGAACUCUGUGAACACACUUGGUUUCAUGCAGAGGCCUUCGAUCGCUGCGCUGAGACACACGAGCACGAACGUCUUCAAAAGCGAGGAUGAGGAGGAGCUGACUUCCAGCUCUGUGAGGCAGAGCUUAGCCAACGGGUCGUGCCAGCCAUCUGUCCCAGCACAGGCAAGAGGACACCUCCAGAGGAUCAUCUCCAUCGAAGAGGACCACCUCCCCCACUUGCUGAGUGACUGUCAGGCCCAAAGCCCUCUUCAAGAGUGUAACGAAGGAGAGGAGGUCUCAGACGGUGAAGAAAAUAUAGACUUGAUGAUGAGUGAUAUUUACCCGUCAGCCCAGCAGCAGCAAUCAAAGGCAAGUGUGGAGAAAGCGGAAAUCCCAACAUCUCCAAGGGGUCAACCUGUUGGCAAGGAGACCAGCAUAAAUGAGGAAGGUGGUCUUUCAGCGCCCGACCGCCUGUUCAAGAUCGUCCUGGUGGGGAACUCUAGCGUCGGAAAGACUUCACUGCUGCGGCGGUUUUGUGACGAGUGCUUCCACCCAGGCACUUCUGCCACUGUGGGUAUCGACUACAGCGUCAAGACUAUAACUGUGGAUAGCAGCCAGGUUGCCCUGCAGCUGUGGGAUACAGCCGGACAGGAGAGGUACCGAAGCAUCACCAAACAGUUCUUUCGCAAAGCCGACGGGGUGGCUGUGAUGUAUGACAUAACCGCCGAGCAGAGUUUCACAGCUGUAAGACAGUGGCUGACAAGUGUAAAGGAAGGUGCAGGUGAAGAUAUUCCCAUCAUGCUCCUGGGAAACAAAACCGACAAGGAGACUGAGAGACAAGUUCAGAAAGCAGUGGGUGAAAGACUGGCCAAGGACUGCCAGAUGUCCUUCUAUGAAUGCAGCGCCUGCUCUGGACACAACGUGGUGGAGUCCAUGGUUCAUUUAGCCAGAAUUCUGAAAGAGCAAGAGGACCGAGAGAAGGAGAAGACGGUCGAGCUGGUCGGCAGCCCCUCGGAGAAGAAGCGAUCCUGCUGCUAGCGGAUAAACGGUUAACACUUACACAGUAGCACUACCCUUCACUAAGAAACACAGCGUGAUCACAGGACACGCCGCUGACUCAGCAGCCUUUCACCCGGUCACUGACCUUCAACCAAACGGAUCACGUUGCCACAGAUAGUGUCACAUCAUUAUAUAUAUAUAAAUGUGUAGCUCCAGCUUGUGAAGAUUUAGUAAAACUAACAAAAUAAAUAAUAAUGUAAGAAAAGUGGGUUUUGUCUUCAGGGUGGGAUCUGAGCUGAACAAAUGUACAAAGUCUCUGUUGAAUCAAACUUUAUAGGAUAUUUUUUAAAUGCAGGAUAUUCCCUCACACUUAACUGUAACUCUGAGAUAUUUCAUAUAUUUAUUUAGCUUCUAAAGGCCCUUUACCUGCCAAAUGUGGGCUUUUAACUAUAUUAAAGGUGAAUGCAUCAUCAAACAGCACUGCUUUUAGUUUUAGUUGACAUGUUCAUUUAUGUCUGUGGGUACAGUUGGGACUAAAACUGGUGUUUCAGGAUAUUGUUCAGCUGGUGCACAAAGUGAAAAAAAAAAACUAGCUACUGAACCAACAUAAAACAUCGUCGUAUUUGUUCCAGGGCUCUUAUAAGUGAUAGAAUUUUUAUUAUUAUCAUAAAUGUUUGUGGUUUUUGUGCAUCUUUUGUACAUUGUUCUGUGAUGUUUUUGUUGUGGCAGCUCGGAGGUUUGUUAACAGCUGGUAGACGAGACAAACCAAAACUAGGCGCACACUUCAUUUCCCUUUAACCUGCUGUGGUGCCAAGUAUUUUAUGAAAUCACGUCACUGUUACGAGUGUGGUUCAAACUCAACAGGUUUUUCUUUCUCUGUCAUUUCUUGUGCUUCACUACUGCCACCAUCGUGCACAUCACCUAAAUGUAUAUAACAAAUGUAAAUAGAAAUAAAUUAAAAGAUGUAUGUUUAUGUGUAUGUCACCUGCAAAGCAUCAAAAGUUCUUCUUUCUGGAACACUGAAAAUAAGAUCAGCUAUACAGCGCCACCCAGUGGAUCAGUUUGACCAUUGCAGUUUAUUCAGUUUUUGAAUUGACAUGACAAUAUGUGAAACAACAUAUUGGAUAUAUUAAAAAAAAGAAAAGAUAAUAUAUGUGCAAUCAACAUGCCGGUUUAUUAGAGUUUGUAUGACUUAUAGAAUCUAAGUUUGUGUUUAUUCUGAGCAGCCAAAUAUUUAUUAGAAAACUUCCUCCUUCAGAUUCCAGAGGCGCCCUUCCAAUGUAAGUAUUAUUCUACGUAUAUAAGAAGACCUAUCAUGUGUAAUUGAUUGUAAGCAUCGAUAACUCGUAGCACUGUAUUGCUUAUUUGCACCACCGGGGGCCCUGUGACAUUCACAGGAGCAAAGAAAACAACAUCACAGCUCGAUGCUGAUGCACGGCUUGUUGAUUGUUACUUGCACUAGUUGCAUGCUUUAUGAUGAUUUAUCUCUUUUGCUUCCAAGUGCACAGAACGUACACUUUGAUUGGUCGUCUGCACGGUGUAGAAGACGUAGGAACACAGGCUGGAUACUGGCUGUCUCUGGGCGAUAUCAUAGAACACACAAUCUGGGAAACGUAAUGUCUUAUCAAAUACUUGAUAUUGUUUUAAAUCGGAAACUGAAACACGAAUGCAAGCUUCCAGUAAGUGUAAACCCUCUUGAGAUGAUCUAGAGCUGUGUACUGACUAAAGAAAACCCUGCAGUGGGUACCUUGGCAAUGACCUUAGUAAGAGCACGUGUGAAAUGGAAAGAUGUUUUUCAUCAGCUUCCAUACACUGCGGUGUAAUGCAGCUGGAGUCUGAGUCAGCCGGCAUCAUGUCUUAUAUGAUCGUCCUGGAGGAACCUGUAAACAAGUUUCUGAAUAUAAAUAAAUUUGGUUCAGGUUAAGAUGUUGGUACGGGGUUACUGCAGGUCAUUGACUCUCUUUAGAAACACUUCCUCGUGUCCGUCUCACAUCGAGUUGCUUAGAGUGAAAGAUGUAGGGUUUGAUUGCUUAAUAAUAAAAUGAGUGAUGUCCAGUUGUAAA